CCUACGGUGAAUACGGAGUAUAACAACAACAGUGUUAAAUUCCUUAGAAUAAAACAUUUUCUGUGACAGAAGUCUAACGUUCGACUUCGUUAAAUCACGCUCGUAUUUAUCGGAAUUUAGAAAGAGAUAAAGAAUCCGUUGGUUGCUAAAGAGUGACGACCGAAUUGAAAUCGCAACUUCGGUCAUCACAGUGAACGUAGAUCAGCGAGCUGGCAAGCCGUAGGUUUAGUCUGGAACAGAAAGUAUUCGAAAUUCAAAAUGGCCAGGUGUUACCAUGGUCUCGUAGAGUGUUGUCGUUGAACUUUAUUUAAUUUCAGUGAAGAUAUUAUUGUGUUUUAUAAUGGCUGAUAUUAUAUACCAAAGUCUUGACAUAUCAAACCUCCCGGACGACAUCAGGGAUAAACUAGCGGAGUUGGAUUUAGAAUUGUCUGAAGGGGACAUCACACAAAAAGGAUAUGAGAAAAAACGCACCCGUCUUUUGGCACCAUACAUUGCCCAACAACAACAAUCGCAAGGUGUUUAUGCAGAAUGUUACACAGCAGGGGUGAUGCUGCCACGAGGACCGCGUGGCGAGAGCGGUUCGGGUCGACAACACACAAGAAAUCGUCGAACACACCGCCGCGUCACACACAAUGAGAAGAGAUACCAUUCAGAAGUCAGACAGGAGGCCGUUCAGCAGGCGUUAGCUGAAAUGCAGAAUCGGCCUAAGCCGUCUUUGCCGAUGCCGUCAAAACGCACCUCAAUGAUGGCCAAGAGCCCUGACAGAGAAAGGCAUGAAUUGUCUUCAAGUUCAGACGAAGACUCUUGCGCUGGUGACUCAGAGCUGCCACCACCACCAGAUAUGGGUUCGCCACCCUCCCGCAGACCGGCGGCUCCUCACCCACGCGGUCAUGCGCAUCCACUGCCACAACCACAUCACCAGAGAGAAAAGAAAUACCCGCCAAGGGAUAAGACUGACAUCGAUUUAUCUGAAAUUACACACUUACCAACUUAUAUUCAACCUGACGUAACACACACCUCAGCGGGCGCUCGUCGCGGUGGGGCGCUUGUUGCUGAUAGAGUUCAAUGUUAUUCACAGCCCGAAGACACAGGCACCGGUACCGGAAGAUGGAAGGUGUCAGCAAAAAUUCAACAAUUACUUAAUACGUUGAAACGACCAAAACGUCGUCCAUUGCCGGAGUUUUAUGAAGAUGACGACAUUGAAUUGGAGAUUGCAGCGAAUCCUAAGGAUCCGAAUGCACCAAAACCAGAAGGAGGCACUAUGACUCCAGCAGUUGGCGACCAACUGGUCGUCCCAGCAGGUCUUCCCAGAAAUUUAGAAGCGGCACUUCAAAGAUACGGCACCGCGUCAUUUAAAGCUAACGUGGCCACCGUACUCGACCCAAACGGAAAACUUAGCAAUUCUCUAACAUACGGAAAGCUCCUCAGCCGCUCAUUAAAGAUAGCGUAUGCUUUGCUUAACAAGACGUUUACAUCUAAGUCAACUAGUGGCGGACCCCUAACCGGUGACAACAAUAUUAAACCUGGAGACCGAGUGGCGUUAGUCUACCCAAAUAAUGACCCCAUAAACUUUAUGUGCGCGUUCUAUGGGUGUCUUCAAGCGGGGGUCGUCCCUGUCCCCAUCGAAGUACCCCUUACCCGAAGAGACGCGGGGUUGCAACAAGUUGGCUUUUUACUUGGCUCAUGUGGAAUUCAAUAUGCUCUGACGUCAGAUGCGUGCCUAAAAGGUCUCCCAAAGACUUCGUCUGGUGACGUAGUUUCAUUCCGCGGUUGGCCCUCCCUCCACUGGGUGUCGACUGAGAAGCUACCCCGUCCCCCUCGCGAUUGGAUACCCCCUCCGCGACCUGCUGAAGACACCCCCGCACAUAUUGAACAUACAUCAGCAGUAGAUGGCUCUGCUAUGGGAGUUAUUGUGACACGGGCUUCGAUGUUGGCGCACUGCAGGAUGUUAUCUGUCACCUGCAACUACACGGAAGGUGAACACAUGGUGUGUGUAUUGGACUUCAAGCGUGAAACUGGCUUAUGGCAUGCUGUACUUGCAAGUGUCCUUAAUGGCAUGCAUGUAAUAUUCAUACCGUAUGCCCUCAUGAAAGUCAGUCCUGCGUCAUGGAUGCAUAUGAUCACAAAGUACAGGGCAUCAGUGGCCAUAGUCAAGUCUCGGGACCUGCAUUGGGGCCUUCUCGCGACCCGGGACCACAAAGAGAUCUCACUCAGCUCACUUCGAUUCCUUCUUGUCGCCGAUGGAGCAAACCCAUGGUCGCUGUCUUCUUGCGAUCAGUUUCUAUCAAUAUUUCAGAGCAAAGGUGUUCGAGGUGACGCAAUAUGUCCUUGCGCGUGCAGUAGUGAAUCUAUGUCUGUGUGUAUCCGCCGUGCGGGACGUGGUGGAUCCUCAGCCGGUCGUGGAGUCCUCUCAAUGUCUGGACUUUCUUACGGCGUAGUCAGAGUGGAUGCUGAGAACUCGCUAACGUCACUCACUUUGCAGGAUUGCGGACAGGUUAUGCCGUCAUGUGUCAUAGUGGUAGUAAAAAUGGAGGGUCCAGCUUAUCUCUGCAAGACAGAUGAGGUUGGGGAAAUCUGUGUAUUAUCUGGGGCCACUGGGUCUGGAUAUUGGGGUCUUCCGGGACUCACGAACACCGUUUUUCGGGUGCGACCUUUAGAUGCUGACGGAGAUGCAAUUGGCGAAGAACAUUACGUAAGAAGCGGUCUACUUGGAUUCCUUGGACCUGGAGGUUUGGUCUUCGUAUGUGGAUCAAGGGACGGACUAAUGACUGUCACGGGUCGUAAGCACAAUAUGGACGAUAUUAUUGCCACUGUCCUUGCGGUUGAGCCCAUGAAGUUUAUUUACCGAGGUCGAAUUGCCGUGUUCUCAGUUAGAGUUCUGCGCGAUGAGAGAAUCUGUAUUGUCGCUGAACAGCGCCCGGAUUGCGGAGAAGAAGAGUCAUUCCAAUGGAUGUCUCGUGUUCUACAAGCCGUUGACUCCAUUCACCAAGUAGGCAUAUAUUGCCUGGCUUUAGUUCAACCGAACUAUUUGCCUAAAACGCCUUUGGGUGGUAUACAUCUGAGCGAGUGUAAGCGUCGGUUUCUCGAAGGAACUCUUCAUCCCGCCAAUGUACUGAUGUGUCCACAUACAUGCGUCACCAACCUUCCAAAACCCCGUGAAAUACAUUCAGACGUCGGCCCUGCCUCGGUAAUAGUGGGUAAUCUUGUUCAAGGCAAUCGCCUCGCGUCCGCUCAAGGGCGUGAUAUGGGGUAUUCUGAUGAUUCUGAUGCAGCACGAAAGUAUCAAUUCAUAUCACAAAUCUUAAGAUGGCGCGCGCAAAGCACCUCUGACCAUGUCAUAUUCACCCUACUCAACUCGAAAGGUGCAGCUACAAAAGUUCUCACGUGUGCUGAACUCCACAAGAAAGCCGAGAGAAUUGGCAAUUUGCUUUUAGAAAAAGGACGUGUUAAUACUGGCGACCACGUGGCACUUAUAUUCCCACCGGGGCUUGAUCUCAUUUGUGCAUUUUAUGGUUGUCUCUACGUUGGAGCAGUUCCAGUGACUAUUCGCCCCCCACACCCUCAAAAUCUUCACACUACGCUGCCAACAGUUCGAAUGAUCGUCGACGUCAGCAAAGCUACACUAGUCCUUUCCAAUCAAUCUGUGAUAAAAUUAUUGCGCUCUAAAGAAGCAAGCAAUGUAAUUGAUAGCAAGGCGUGGCCUAUCACUCUCGAUACAGACGAUAUGCCUAAGAAGAAAUUGCCUAUUUUAUACCGAGCGCCAACAGCGGAGAUGCUGGCUUACUUGGACUUUAGCGUGUCGACUACGGGAAUGUUGGCAGGGAUCAAAAUGUCGCAUGCGGCCGUCACAUCCCUUUGUCGCUCAAUGAAAAUAGCAUGCGAAUUGUAUCCUUCCCGUCAUAUAGCUCUUUGUCUUGACCCGUACUGUGGUCUCGGAUUUGCCCUCUGGUGUCUCAGCAGCAUUUAUUCAGGACACCAUUCAAUUCUCAUACCUCCGUCUGAAGUCGAGAUUAAUCCAGCUCUAUGGCUCAGCGCUGUGUCACAAUACAAAGUGCGGGACACAUUUUGUUCUUAUGGGGUGAUGGAAUUAUGCACUAAAGGUCUCGGAAGUUCUGUAAAUCAAUUGAAGGCGAAAGGUAUAAAUUUGGGAUGUGUCAGAACAUGUGUGGUGGUUGCGGAAGAACGACCAAGGAUCAACUUGACAAACUCUUUCUCUAAACUGUUCUCGGCUUUAGGGCUCAGUCCAAGAGCUGUUUCGACGUCGUUUGGUUGCCGAGUGAAUAUUGCUAUAUGUCUACAAGGCGCGUCUAGUCCCGAACCAUCCACCGUCUAUGUAGAUCUACGAGCUUUAAGAAAUGACCGUGUCUCGCUGGUCGAGCGUGGUAGCCCACAUUCCUUGUGUCUUAUGGAGUCUGGAAAACUAUUGCCCGGUGUAAAAGUGAUCACAGCCAAUCCUGAGACGAAAGGUCAAUGCGGGGACUCUCAUUUGGGAGAGAUUUGGGUUCAGUCUCCGCACAAUGCAAGUGGUUAUUUCACGAUUUACGGUGACGAGAGCGACUACGCUGACCACUUUAGUGCGCAGUUGGUAACAGGCAACACGGGUGAAGUGUACGCUAGAACGGGUUAUUUGGGCUUUUUGCGGAGAACUGAAAUAAGUACAACCGGAACUGGGGAUGAUAUGUCCAUGAUAUCACGUGAUAGCGACACCGAGUCGCUGGCAUCAGCUUGCGGCAGUAUGAGUGGCUUGAUGAAUGACUCUCACGAUACACAUGACGCUGUAUUCGUCGUCGGAGCACUUGACGAAACUAUAAUGCUGCGAGGUAUGCGGUAUCAUCCCAUUGAUAUAGAGAAUUCAGUUAUGAGAUGCCAUAAGAAAAUCGCUGAAUGUGCCGUAUUCACGUGGACGAAUCUUUUGGUGGUUGUCGUAGAACUGGAUGGUAACGACAGCGAAGCUCUGAACUUAGUGCCUCUCGUGACCAACACAGUGCUGGAGGAGCAUCACCUGAUCGUUGGUGUCGUGGUUGUAGUGGACCCAGGAGUUGUUCCCAUUAAUUCACGCGGUGAGAAACAACGUAUGCAUCUCCGCGACGGAUUCCUCUCCGACCAAAUCGACGCUAUUUAUAUCGCAUAUAACAUGUAAUAUUUACCAAAGCACGGCAUACACAACACGACACUCUCGAAUUGAGCAAUUUUCUCGCUGCAAGUGAUAAAAUGUCAAUUGUUUGUGUAUCCUUGCUCAAUUAGGCCAUACGAUUCGAAGAAUAGAGUCCCAUCGGUUAAUUAGUCUGCAUAGCUGAUAUACAAUGUGUUUAGCUUUAUAUACUCAUUAAGAUUCUGUGUAUUUUCAAUGCUUUUUAUUAUUUUAGAUUAGUUUACGCAGUGUAAGUGUAUUCAGCACAUUUUAGAGAAAUUUAAAAUAAAUAUAAAAAAAAAAUAUUUACCCUUGACAAGGCACCCAUUUAAUAUUUGAGAUACUUCAUUUGUUUAGAUACGGAAAUAGACAGUUAAAAAACGUAAAAUUUUUACACCAGCGCUAAGAAUUAAAUUUAAUCUGAUAUUGACACAAGACUGAUGAAAGUCUGAAAACUAUUUGUUUAAUAUUAAUUUAAGAUUCAUUAUGAUUUGUGCCGUAUAAUCCGAAACCCUUCGAAAUUUAUUAAUGCGCAAAUUUUCAAAAAAUAGUUCUUGAGUUAGCAUAAUACGAUAGGGACAAUGAAAUUUCAUUUGUACACAAUGAUAUUGUUGUGAUUAUUGUGAAACAAGUAAUUUUUAAUGUUAGAAGAUAUAAAUGUAUUACUACCGAUAAAUAAUAUAUUUUAGAUUAAGUGACUUAUUGUGUAAACUGCAUUUAAUGUUUUAUUUUAUCGUUUAUUUUAUAUGAAUAUACCUUUAGACAAUAAAUUCAUUAAGAAUGGAUUUCGAUUGGCGUAGGAAAACAAGUUUAUUUAAGCACUAAUAGCGCAAAUGCAAUGUUAUAUCAUCGUUUUUCAGUUCUAUGUAGAUAAAUUCAUUUUAAGUAAUAAUGUCGAAAGUUCGAAAUUUACCUCAACUUUUCUGGUAAUGUUUUGACUUAACUAAGUCAUAUGUUUAUAAAAAUUAUUGUCUUAUGCAACUACUUAGAUACGUAGUUUUCAAUUUUAUUAAUUUUGUAUGACAACUUGAGGUAAUUUUGGUUUUAUUUUGCAUAUCAAAACUUGUGCCAAGAUUUCCAUGUCACAUGAUUUCAAUAUCGCAUCUUUGUUCUUUUAAGUUUAUGAUUAAAUGUUUAUGAUAUAUUUUCACAACUGACUUAUUAGAAGUAAUUUUUCUUUUAUUAUAUUGAUAGUGGUUAGGAUUUGAGAAAGUGUUACUUUCAGUAGUCCAUUCCAUAUAUUUUUUUGUGUAGCAAAUUAAUAUUGAUAAUAUAAUAUAAAUAUUUCUUUUUUAAAUCUAUUAUAUUUUACUGAUUAUUUAUUGCUAAAUUGUACAUAUGAUUUUGUUAUUUAAUUUUAUGUUAAAUGGUUCUUUCUUAGAAUAAUACAUAUUAUUUUACUGAUGUCUGGAGUAAAGUAAAAUCCUUUUUUAUAUUUAAAUUCAUUUAAACAUAGUAUGUAUUAUCCUCAAUAAAUUUAAACUAUAGUCAUCUUAUUAUGUAAGUAUACCUAAAAGUAGUUAAUUAUAAUGACUCAAGUUAUUGAACAAAAUGUCUUAAUAAUAAUCGUGUAAUUCGUAAUUUAUAAUUAUUUAUAAUUUAUAGGUACGAGGUCCGACAAGUAAGUCGACUUUUUUCAAAAAAUAAUACGCGUAAAACCUGGCGUUUAAGCACAAGUAAUGUACACUUUGUAUAAUCAAAAUUCCAUUAGUGACCUAAAUACAUAAUAAAAUACACGCACAAAAUUGUAAUCUUUUGGCAAUAACUUGAAUUAAAUUUGUACGACGUUGUUAGGACUUUGUAACCAUUAUACAAUUGUGAUUAAUUUCUGGAAUAAUAAUAAAUAAACUUGCAUCUUU